AUAAAAACCUUUAAAAAAAACCUUCUCAUGUUUUCUUCUUAAUUUUCAUCUCUUUUUUUCUCCUUUUGAUUGCGCUUUGGGUGAACCUUUGCACCUUUCUUUGGUUGAUAAUUUUGUAAUGGAGAACUCUGCUCUAAGUAAAGAUCUUGUUUUCUUAACCUUACAAUUUCUCAAUGAAGAGGGGUUGAAGGAAACUGCACAAAGGCUUGAAUGUGAAAGUGGGCUAUACUUCAACAUGAAGCAUUUUGAGGAGAUGUUAGUUGUUGGAAAAUGGAAUGAAGCAGAGAGCUAUCUUUCUAGAUUUACAAGAAUAGAUGACAACAUGCACUCAACCAAAAUAUACUUUGAAAUCAGAAAACAAAAGUACCUUGAAGCAUUGGACAUUCACGAUCGUGGCAAGGCUUUAGAUAUUCUCCUUAAGGAUCUAAAAGUCUUUUUUCCCGGGCACGAAGAUCUGUUUAAUGAAAUGACUCAGCUUUUGACAGUCAACGAUAUAAGGGAGCAUGCAUCACUUUCAACGUAUGGAGAUGCAAAUUCUGUGAGGAAAAUUGUUGCAGAUGGUAUUAUAAAACUCGUUGAGGAAAAUCCUCAGUUACAUGGAAAAUUGAAGUUUCCUACCUUUAGAAAACAGAGAUUAUAUUAUCUUCUGAACCAAAGUUUGAAUUGGCAACAUAAAGUUUGUAAAGAUCCACUUGGAGUUUCUGACAUGAAAACCUUUCUGAUGGACCGUGUUAGCGGGUCGAGCUUGAACCCUUCAUCUUUGCAAUCAGAAGGCAGUGAUUCAAUUGAAAACUUGCAAUCUGAAACUACAAUGGAGGAUCAUAAUGUAUUAUCACUGCAGGGAAGACCCUCCCAGGUGUCAAAGGAGAAUGGGUAUGGAAAAGGCUUGGAAGAUAGGAGGUCAAAUUCAAUUGAAGAAUCUCAUAAAAACUCAAAGCUUUCAAAUUACUUAGAUAUUUGUGAGUCGUCCCCUUGUCAAUUCUUGGAGCUUCCAACUCAUCCCAAAAUAUCCAAGAUAGUUAGACUGACUUACACCAAUGAGGGAAAUGGCAUUUUGGCAUUGGCAUCAAAUGGUAAUCAUCUACUUUGGAAGUGGCCAUGUAAUAAUCUUAACCCGGAUGGCAAGGUAACUACACAAGUUUCUCCUCACAUUUGGCAACCAAGGAGUGACUUUCAAUUGAUGAGCAAUGAACUUGCAAGUUCAUAUAGUGGAGUCCCAAUUUCUUCUUUCUCCUUAUCAAAGAAUGAUUUAUAUCUCAUGUCAACAUCUGGGGGACCAAUCUCCUUCUUCAACAUGUUCUCGUUUAAGAGUUUGGUGACUAUCAUGCCACCACCACCUAUGCCAACUUGUCUCGCCUUCUACCCUCGUGAUAAUAAUAUACUCGCUAUUGGUUUGGAUGAUUUCAGUAUAAUUAUAUACAACGCUAGUACAAAUAAGAUUAUAAGCAAACUUGAAGGUCACACCCAAAGAGUUUCCGACCUUGCAUUUUCAGUUAGUUUUGAUCUCCUUGUUUCCAUUGGUGUAAAAGAUCAGAUUUUUGUAUGGAACACCAAUGAAUGGAAAAAACUGAAAGAUGGGUACUUGAAAAUAUAUGGACAAAGAGUGCCAGAUAUACCAUCUGAGACACAUAUUCAAUUUCACCUAUAUCAGAAGCACUUUCUUGUUGUACGAAGUGAUUGUCUUGCAAUGUAUGAAGCAACUGAUCUCAAAUGUUGUAACCAGUGGGUUCCAAGAGUUGCAGGGGUUAUCUGCCAAGCAACUUUUUCAUCUGAUGGUCAAGCUGUGUAUGUCAGUUUUGUUGAUGGAACUGUGGCAAUACUUGAUACUUUAAAGUUUCAACUACGUUGUAAGAUUAAUCUCUCAACUUACAUUUCUACAAUCCCAAGUUCAAGCAUGUCUCCAAUAGCUAUUGCUGCACAUCCACAUAUGCCAAGCCAAUUUGUUGUGGGGCUAACAGACGGUAGAGCUUUUGUGUUUGAGCCUCGAAAAUCACAAGAUUGGAGCAGGUUUAGCCUUUGACAAUGCAACACAAGGAUUGUGAGUGACAGAAGAUUAAUAGAAUAGUAAUCAAUAACUAGAGAAAAUAAAAAACAAUAACAUUGUUUAUUGGUACUCUUCAUUAUCUAUUGCUACUUUUUUUAUUCAUUUUAUGUUAAAUUUUUCUUAAUUACAUGAUUGUUAUAUGUUUUAGUUA